AUGCCUUCGAAAGCGGAAGUUUACUUCGGCGAGGACGGCACGCACUUCCACGAGAAGCCACUGAGGUCCACCUCCAACUGGCCGGGGUCGUUGACCUCCGGCAGCCACAAUGUGACCCUGGACUUGCGUCACCGCACCGGACGAGUCCUCAACGUCCUCCUCGACUUCCCCGGGCCGUGGCUGGCCCUCAGCGAGGUCUACUUCGACAGCCAGCCGUGCACGUGCAACCUGACGGACUGGGCCGACGGGGAGGCGUCCACGCCGGCCGAGCACACCGCGGUCCGACGCGACGACUCGCGCGACGUGUCUGCCGUGUCGGCCGUGCACGCCCACACCCGCGCCUACAUGGGCGUGGUAAUCGGGUUCGUGGUGGGCGUGUUCCUGCUGGUGGCGGCCGGCUUGCUGAUCUACGUCAGGCGGCUCAGGAAGAAGAAGUCGUCGCCGCACGUGCUCAAGAGUCCACUGUCGGACACGGCCAGCGUGGCCCUGGAUAUGAAGUCGCUGCGGAUGGUGUCCAGUUACUCGGGCGCCGGGGCGGCCAUGUACGGCCCCGUGGCCGUGCCGGACGAGGAAGGCUCGCUGUAUCACGAGCCGUACAAGACUCCGCUGUUCAGCGCCUCGGAAUACAGCGUGGCCACCAUUGGGCGUCACCUGAGCGACUACAGCAAGGGCGGCGGCGGCGCCGCUACUCCCGCCCAUCAGAGCGCCAGCAGCGGUGUGGUGGGCGGGGAGUACGCCGUGCCCAUCCUCUCCACGCCUCCUCCGCCCUUCAACACCAAUGCUUCCACGCCCUUCACCACCACGCCCAUCAGCGCACCGCCCACGCCCUUCUCCCACGCCACCACGCCACACUCCUCCACCUCCACACCCUUCAGCAGCUCAGCGCCCGCCCCGCCCACCACCCUGCCGCCCAACACCUUCCCUUCCAUCAUGCGCCUGUGUCCAGCACCGCCCCCGCCGCCCGUGCCGCCCCCGCCCGACAAGUACCUCACGCCGCCCGUCGUCUGCAAGGUACGCCCACACGCCCACCAGGGGAUAGCCCACAGCGCCCCUGUCUUAAACAACAGCGCCCCUGUCUUAAACAACAGCGCCCCUGUCUUAAACAACAGCGCCCCUGUCUUAAACAACAGCGCCCCUGUCUUAAACAACAGCGCCCCUGUCUUAAACAACAGCGCCCCCGUCUUAAACAACAGCGCCCCUGUCUUAAACAACAGCGCCCCCGUCUUAAACAACAGCGCCCCCGUCUUAAACAACAGCGCCCCUGUCUUAAACAACAGCGCCCCUGUCUUAAACAACAGCGCCCCUGUCUUAAACAACAGCGCCCCCGUCUUAAACAACAGCGCCCCCGUCUUAAACAACAGCGCCCCUGUCUUAAACAACAGCGCCCCUGUCUUAAACAACAGCGCCCCUGUCUUAAACAACAGCGCCCCUGUCUUAAACAACAGCGCCCCCGUCUUAAACAACAGCGCCCCCGUCUUAAACAACAGCGCCCCCGUCUUAAACAACAGCGCCCCUGUCUUAAACAACAGCGCCCCCGUCUUAAACAACAGCGCCCCCGUCUUAAACAACAGCGCCCCCGUCUUAAACAACAGCGCCCCCGUCUUAAACAACAGCGCCCCUGUCUUAAACAACAGCGCCCCCGUCUUAAACAACAGCGCCCCUGUCUUAAACAACAGCGCCCCUGUCUUAAACAACAGCGCCCCUGUCUUAAACAACAGCGCCCCCGUCUUAAACAACAGCGCCUCCGUCUUAAACAACAGCGCCCCUGUCUUAAACAACAGCGCCCCCGCCUUAAACAACAGCGCCCCUGUCUUAAACAACAGCGCCCCUGUCUUAAACAACAGCGCCCCUGUCUUAAACAACAGCGCCCCCGUCUUAAACAACAGCGCCCCCGCCUUAAACAACAGCGCCCCCGUCUUAAACAACAGCGCCCCCGUCUUAAACAACAGCGCCCCGCCCCUGUCUUAA